AUGGCAGAUGUGUACUCCAAUGCGCACCUGACUAUAGCUGCUUCGCGAGCAGAGCACUGUGGAGAGGGGUUCCUUGGUGUCCGCAAAGUACGCACCCCACUGUGUGUAGACAUUGAAGAUGAUGAAGGCCCAUUCAAGUUUUACUUCCAACAGCGUUCCGAUCGAAGCUACGAGUUCUCACAAGCUUUGGACAGACGUGCAUGGGCUGCUCAAGAAAGUCUUCUCUCCCAUCGUGUUCUGCGCUUCAAUGAAGGCCAGAUGACUUGGGGAUGCGAUCAAUUUUAUGGAACCGAAGACGGCUCGGAAGACCAUGCCGGUCUAAUCGUUGGCAGAAUUGAAAAGAUCGCAGAAUCUGUCACUGGGCUCGCUUCAUAG